CCAGAGUAAAACACAGAGAGAGAGAGAGAGAGAGAGAGAGAGAGAAUCAGAGUUAGUAUUAGUAGAAGAAGAAGAUGAUCAUAGUGAUUUAGGGCGGGUGAGACCCAUUUUUAGUCUUUUCCUCUCUCUGAAAGCUUUAAGGUCGCCACCGUCGCUCUGUCGGCAUAAAGUUCCGGUCUUUAUUCCGGGUUAAAAUGACGGAUUUCACUUUUUAAGUCGAGGAAAAAUCCCGACUUGGUCAUAGUUUCCGUGACCCAAUGCUUCCUUGAUUGUUUUUCUUGGUGGGUUUUUGUUCUUGAAGUCGAUUUUUGUUGAAAGACUGAAAAUUUCUGAUCUUUUUUGGUUCUGGGUUUGUGGUGAUAGGAACUUUCCGAUCAUGGUUGAGCUUUCUGGGUGAGUUUGGGAACUGAAAAAGCAGAUGAAUUUCAACAAGUUUUGAUUUUUGUUGAAUUGGGGAUUGGGGAUUGGUUUUUUGGAGGUUGAUUAGUUUUUUAUGAGUGGUUAACUUCAAGUUGGUUUUGUUUGUGCUUGAGUGAUCAACUUCAAGGUGGUGUUUUUAUUUGUGUUUAAUUUGAGUUUGAUUGUUUUUGGAAGAUUGAGAUGGUUCAUCAAAGAGCCUAGAUUUUUAGUGGAUAGAGUGUUGCCUUUUUUGGAUUUGACCCUUUGAUCUAUGAGGAAAACAAAAAUGACUUUAUUGCUUUGUUUAGAUUUGUUCUAAAGAUUUUUGCUUUUUGUUUUUUGUUAUCUUAGAUCAUCAUUGAGGUUACUGGGGUUAUGAGAUUGAAUUUAUUGAUGAAUUUUUGUGGGGCAUGGAUUGUUUUUGUUAGUGAUUGAAGUGAUCAGUUACUUAUUCAGUGGUUACUGCAUCAGGCAGGAACCCAUUCUUUUGGUCUCCAAUUGAGUCUCUCUGGCUUUCUGCUCUCUGUUUUUUUGGGCCAAAACUCUUUUGCCUUCAAAGAGAAAGUUGCUAGUUCAUCAUCUUUUAGCUUUCCAACAAAUUUGGGAGUCGAAAAUAUGGCAGUGUCUUUGACUCGUUUUUCAUGGUGCUGGUGGGGUGGGAAAGAGAAGGAGCCUGGGAAUAAUGGGGCUUCACUGAAUUCUCCAUUAGAGUGGGGUUUCGGGGGCCUGAGGGAACCUGGUACGGUUCAGUUCCCUUCGGUUAAGGGCACGAAAAUGGCCUCUUCGCCUAGAAAGGUGAAGCGGAAAUGGCAGAGUAGGGAGGAGAGGAGAAUUGACAGGGAGUAUGAUGUUGUGAUUGUGCCAUCAGAUGGUGGUGGUUGCUUGUCAGGGUCUGAAUCCGAUGACUCGGACUGGUCCAUUGGGUGGUUGGAACCUCAUGGUUCUGGUUUCCAGAGUGAUGAUGAGUCGGAUAAUAGUUUUGCAGUGCUGGUGCCUUGCUAUAGCCCUGGUUGCAAGGAGGUGGUGGAAGGUUCAAACAAUGAGCUUUUGAGUGCCAUCAAGAACCUCCCUGAUGAGUUCUCUCCUGAUUGCAAGAAUUAUAUGGAACAAUGGCUGUCUUCUCUUCAAAACUUUGAUGCCUAAACUAGCUGUUAUCUCUUAAGGAUUGGCCCUACUGCACUGAGUUCUUCAUUUCGUGAUCCGCUUGAAGAAUCGGAGCUGUUGCAUAAUUAGCUAAAAGUAGAAAAUAAUCUAGAAUGGGAUAGACAGUGUGCCUCAGCAUCCUGCUUAGAAGCACCGAAGAUUAACCUGCAUCAGACUUGAGGAUAAGAAACCGAGAGCUUUUAGUUUUGUAGACAGCUGGGAAGACGAUUCUUGUUUUCCAGCAUGCUGAAUGCUCUAAUUGUCAUCCUUCUACUACUAGGCGCACAUCAACUAAUGUGAAAUAUGAUGGAUAUUCUUUUGUUGUAAAUAUGGUUUUUGUGAAAUAUGAUAAUGAUGAUUAUGCU